AAACAAUAGAAGAACUAAAAUGCGUUAGAUUUCAAAAUCUUACAUUUUUUCUUCCAAAUUGAUACUUCUAAAUGAAGAUUAUGGACGCUUUAUGUAAAUUAAAUUUUUAUAAACGUUACCAAAUUGAAACGUUUGUGGAUAAUUCUGAAUCUAUGAAAGAUUGAUAGAUCUUCUAUGGAUGUUAAGACGAGAUGUUUUAUUUCUUGUUUAUUUCUACUUAACAUUUUGCCAAUAACUCAUUCAACAAUAUGUGGAACUUCCGAAACCACAGUUGGUGAAUCUGAUCCAAAUUCCUUCCAAAAUUCCGUUGGAUCCGGAACAGAUGUCGGGUACCUAAUAGAAGACCCAAACUACCAAGUCCCGUGCUGUGGUAUUGUGAACAAAUGGGAAUUUUAUGCAUUCCGAACCGGGAAUUUAGAAUGUCAAAUCUGGAGGAAAAAUUCUGCGAACGAGUACAUGUUAGUGGGAGAAAAUGUGAUAAACCGUGGAAGUACUGGAGAAUACCUAUACACAGUUCCGUCCACCAAUUCCAUCAGUGUUAAACCUGGGGACUAUGUAGGAUGGUACACAAGUACGACAGAAAUGAUUUCAUAUAAUACCGGAAAUAGUUACCCGAUUCUAAACAGAAGAAAAACCAGUCUCGGAGACAGAACUGCCGGCGACCUCGUAGACUGGAGCACCACUGGUCCGCAGACUUCCGGAAGUAAUCGUCAAUACGCCAUCAGGGCGAUCGUAAAACAAGGUAACACUCCCCAAUUUUCAUUCGGGACUUCCGUUACUGUGACGGUUCCGGAAUCUACAGCUUCCGGUGCCGCAGUAUACGUGUUUACGGUGACGGACGCCGACCCCCAGGAUACACUCACCAUGGAAAUGGUGUCCACAGACAACUCUUUUUUCAGCCUCGAUAUUAAUAACAAACAGAUUGUAACAACACAGUCUGAUAUACCGAACCAGGCCUCUUACGUCAUGGAGGUCAAAGUUUAUGACGAUUGUCGUCUGACUCAAACCGGAACCGUGACGUUAACAGCGCCUAAUACGGCGCUAACGAUAGACAAUCUGCCCAGCAACGGAACUGUGAAGGAAGACGAAACUGCUGAGCGGAAGUUGCUGGAUUUGACUGUGACCGAAUUGCAUGAUGGGUACACGUGCACGCUGACCACCUCGAACGUCCCAUUUAUUGUCAAGCAAGUGAACACUGCCAACCCAACUUACGGGGUGUACCUGAUAGACUGGCCGCAGCUGAACUACACCAAAACAUCAAGUUACAGCCUGUCCAUAGAAUGUGAAGACGGAACAGCCACAGCUACCGGGACGUACACAGUAAACGUCAUCGAAAACAACGACCCGACCAUUGACAAUACAAACUGGGUUGUGUCAAUUGAUGCGUUGACAGCCAAAGCAAGUGACGUCAUAUUUACUGUGAGUACGACUGACUCCGACAGUACACAAUUGACGUAUUCUUUAUCCUGCACCCCGACUGGCUGUCCAUUCGAUAUACUCAAUAAUGGCUACACUGGAAAAGUGGUUUUAACCGAUCGUCUGUUGCGACACACGACGGCGGGAUAUAACAUUAACGUCAUAGUCUCAGACGGAUGGAAUACCGUGGGACCGAGUACUAUUGACGUCACAAUAACUAAUAUCAAUAAUGACCCGGUUUUAACCAAUCUCCCCGAUUCCAUUAAUGUAUUGGAAAACCUACCACUAGCUACAUCCGUAUUCCAAGCCUUCGCCAACGAUACAGACUCGUCCGAUCCAAAGGUGUUCCGAGCGUCCUUUGAUAAAGAAUGGGCCGCUCAAUAUUUCACAGUGAACAGUUCAACUGGCUUAGUAUACACGUCUAGCUCAGACAACAUCAACUACGAGGUUCUCCCCAGUCCGCCAUCUUUCCUGAUGUACAUCACGGUGACUGAUGGGAAGUGGUACGACACGGACCAUCUGUCUGUUCAGAUUCAGAACGUGAACGAGCAUCCUGUGUUCUCUCAGACCCAUUACUCAAGUUCACGGACUGAGGGAGCGGGUGGCAGUAGCUUCCCGACCAUCAGGUACGAAGUGUCCGAUCCUGACAGUGCAGAUACAAAGACGUACUCUUUGGACUGUGGUAGCGAUACAAACCGGUUUUCCAUAUCAUCUUCUACCGGAACAAUUAGCUUUCAAGGGGACUACAACCUGGACGACGGGGUGUCACCGAGCGAAGUGAACUGUACCGUGACGGUCACAGAUGCUGACGGUCUAAGCGACAACUGUACCUUAACGCUCCAUGUCCGCCAUGACAAUGAAUUCACUCCGGCCUUCGCACAAGCAAGCUACAGUCUGACUGUCCAAUCUUACGAAAUAACCGGACAAAUUGUACAGACCAUCCAAGCUGCUGACCAGGACCUCUCCUCUCACGGUCACGGGAAAUACUCCUACUCCUUGGCUCCCAAUGACCGGUUCGACGUCCUCCAAAAUGGCAGCAUCUACGUGAAGAACGUCACCGAUCUCUAUGAUACCGCGGCAACGUUUACUUUAAGCCUAACCGCCACCGAUCAAGCAGGUAGCUCUGCAUCAGUCCCUGUUGUCGUAACCGUACCAAGGUACGCUACAACGAUAGCCCCAAGCUAUGUCGAUCGUCCGUAUUACUUUUUGGAUAAGUCCACUGAUAUGGCCUGGUUCAUACCGGCGUUGGUAAGUGGACUCCUCUCUAUGAUCUUCUUCGGCGUCUUCUGCUAUAAGUGUGUUGUGGAUUGCAAAUGCAGGAAACCGAAGUGUGAUUGCUGUAAACGGAAGAAAAUUUGGCGACCUAAACCUGUCCAGGUAGUGUUACCAAAACCGAAAGCCCUGCCGAUGGAAAAACCCAAGCCUAAAGAACCACCUAUGAAACCAAAACCUGCCAAAGAAAGAUCGGCUCCAAAACCGGAAAUAAAGCAUUGGACAAGGGUUCGAACCCCUGCUGAAGAGAGAGCUGAUUUAUCAUCACCAGUUUACAGAGAAAGACCUCAACCUACACAAAACCGGGAUUCUAAAAGAUCCAUUCCAAUUCCCGCAAAGCCGUACAGUCCUCCCCCGUCAUACUCCUCACCCACCGCUGACACAUUCACUCUCUUGUCACGUGAUUAUUCAGGUGCUGACCAGAGCACGUUCAUUGGGGACAGGGGCUACAUUGAAUUUGAUGCACAGAAUAGACCACAAGAGAGAAAGACAUACGAGUUCUGGACAGAUAUGACAAAUGAAUACGUAUAAUGUUUGACGUAUACUAUUAAUGUUGAAUAUUAUUUACUUUGUAAUGUUAUACUUACACACACGAAAAGUAUUAAUUAUGUCCAGAGUAAAGAGUGAACAACGGCCUAU